AUGGAUUUGGAAGAAAAUCCUUCUUCAUCAGCGACGGAAGAAGACCAAACCGUGACGUCUUUCUUCGCCCUCAGCACGGGCAUAGCUCCAGCACCAGUGUUACUAAGACUAGGAAACUCGACUAUAGAUAGCACGAAAUCAUUCAAAGUACCACAACCUUCACAAGAACCGGCUCAGGGGACUUUAACUAUACAACCUAAUAAAGCACGUGCAGAUAUGGUCCCACAUGUUGUUUCUGUGAAGAAUACAUACUUCGAUCAUGACAGAAAAUAUGGGCCAACAUUUGAAGACACUCCUGAGGGAAAUAUGACUAAGAUCACAGUGCAGCUUGGUGAAGAUGCACAUUUGAAUUGUAGGAUCAGCCUUUUACUGGAUAAAACUGUAUCAUGGGUCCGGCGAAGAGGUAGGGACGAGAUGCCAGAACUGCUCACUGUUGGUGCUGUGACGUACGCCGCUGACAAUCGGGUAUCGGUAGCCCGGAGAUAUCCUGGCAACUGGAGAUUGCUCAUCAGGGAAGUAAAGCCGGACGAUGAAGGAGUCUAUGAAUGUCAGAUAUCGACACAUCCGCCGAGAGUAAGCAGGACUUUUCUGCAUGUUAACACUCCUCAAGUUUGGGUGGUAGACGAAGCCGGCGCUCCACUUCUGGAGAAGUACUAUGAGGCAGAGUCGACCCUCGCGCUGGUCUGCAGAGCCCGUCACGUGGACACACCAGCAGUGUUGACGUGGCUCCACGAGGGUCGUGCAUUGAAUGCUGAUACUACUAGGGGCGGCAUAAGUGUGAAGACGGAACAGGUGCCUGGUGGUGCUGAUAGCCUCCUAAGGCUGGCCAGGGUGAACAGCAGCGAUGCAGGAAACUACACCUGUGCAGUCAGGGGGGCCAGAUCACACACAGUAUCUGUGCAUGUGCUAAACGAGAGCUUGGCCGAGCUACACGCAGCAGCAAACUCCCUUCGUUCAGCGUCAGUGACUACUGUUAUAACGUUAUUAACCGUUUUAACUGUUAUUACUGAAAAACCGUUUAUAACAAUUGUUAUUCUGUUCGCGACACUAACGCACUUUCUGAUGUUCGAAGAUGUAACAGACGACCGCUUUAUUGUACUGUUACCCACGUGA